CUGAGGCGGCUUCGGGAGCCGCCAUCGAUCCCAAACCGCAAAUCCCGACCCCAAAUCCCGAAUUCCCACCCCAAAUCCCGAAUUUCCCACCCCAAAUCCGGCCAUGGAGCGGCGGCAGGAGCUGAAGGUGCUGCUGAAGCGCUGGGAAGGAGAAUUCCUGCGGCAAUGGCGGCGCAAACCCAGUCAGGCCGACAUCAAAGAAGCUCCAGAGGAAAUCAAGGCUCAGUACCGGGAGUUUUGGGCGCUGCGGCGCCAGGACGGAGCCGCCGGAGAGUCCCAAAAUUCCCAAAAUUCCCAAAAUUCCCCAAAAUCCCAAACGACCACGAACGACCAACAGGUAGAAGAUUCAGGAUUUUGGGGCUCCCACCUGAACCGGGCCCCGAAAAUUCCCGGAAAAAGCCGGAAAACCCCGACGGGAAUUUCGGAGAUUUUUGGGAUGAAGCUCAAAGCCAAACUGGGAACAGCUGGGAAGGAGCCGCCUCUGACCCCUCGCAGGACCCCAAAUCCCGGGAAACCCCCAAAAAUCUCCGAUUCCCAAAAUUUACCGAAUCCCGAACCACCGAAACCACCGGAUCUCGACGCCGAAACUUCUCUGCCGGAAAAAGAUCCCGAAAAUUCCCCGGAAUUCCCGGAUCCCGUCCCCAAUCCCGGAUUUCCCCCGGAUUCCGGAAGGUUCCGGCAGCUCCGGCGGAACGUUGGGCGAACUUUGGCUUCUCUGGAUCCCGGCUGGAUCCGGCGCUGCGAGGAAAUCCUGGAAAACCCUCGGGAAUUCCCGGCAGAUUUCGGGAAUUUUGGGAAGAAACGGCCCCGGGACGGCGCCGGCGCCGCGGCGACUCCGGCCAAGCUCCGCAGAAUUCCCGGAAUUUCGGCUCGGGAAGGGGAGGAGGAGGAAAAAUCCCAAAUCGGAGCCGCGGCGGCGCCGGAUCCGGGCGGAAAAAUCCGGUGGGAGGAAGAGGAGGAGGAGGAAGAGGAGGAAGAGGAGGAGAGAAAAGGCAAAGCCACACGCAAAGCUCGAGCCCCGGCUGGGAAUUUCGUCCGCCUGAAUCUGAAGAGAAAAACCUAUUCCCGUGCAUCCCUGAGGGGAAAAUUCCUCCGCAAACAGGUUUGGAGGCAGAAAUGGAGGAAAAAGUUCCGGAGCGGAGGCGAUCUUUGUUUUCGGUGUGGUGGGAAAGGGCACUGGGCAUCCGAGUGCCGGGAGAAAGAUUUGGGCUCGUUCCCGGAUGAAAUUCCCAAGGAUGAGGAGAAAUCUCUUCCCACUCUGGAAGAAGCGGCCCAAAGGUGCAACGGAGAUUUUAUUCCAGAAAGUCCUGAUGGAUCCAACACGGAAAAUUCCCAACUCUUCCAAGAUUCCCUGGAUUUCCUUCCUCGGGAAUUUUCCCCUCCAUCCCCUCCUCCACCUCCCAUGGAUCCCUUUUACCCCCCAAACCCCGACGGGACCAUCCCAGAUCCUCCGGAAGAAGUCCUGGAAGCUCUGAGAACUUUGGGAUUCGAUUCCUUCCGACCCAGCCAGGCUGAGGCCAUCAUGAGGGUCCUUUCCGGAAUCUCCACACUGCUGCUGCUGCCCACGGGCUCGGGCAAAUCCCUCUGCUACCAACUCCCCGCCUUCCUCUACCACCGCCGCUCCCCCUGCAUCACCCUCGUCAUCUCCCCCCUCGUCUGCCUCAUGGACGACCAGGUUUCCAACCUCCCCUCACCCCUCAAAGCCGUCUGCAUCCACUCCAACCUCACCCAAUCCCAGCGUGAGGCAGCCAUUCAAAAAGUCAAGAGCGGCCGAGCCCAAAUCCUGCUGCUUUCCCCGGAAUCCAUCACGGGAUCGGGAUUUUUUUCCCGUUUUUCCCGGGAUUUUCCUCCCGUGGCUUUCGCCUGCCUGGAUGAAGCUCAUUGCAUCUCCCAGUGGUCCCACAAUUUUCGUCCGGCUUACCUCAGGGUCUGCAAGGUUCUCCGGGAGCGUUUGGGCAUCCGCUGCUUUUUGGCUCUCACGGCCACGGCCACGGUGGCCACGGCGCGGGACGUGGCCGAAAAUUUGGGAAUUCCCGAGGGAACUCCCAGCGUCGGAGGCUUCGGAAUUCCCGAAAAUCUGCGGUUCUCCGUGACUGUGGAGGAAGACCUGGAUCAGGCGGUGCUGAGGAUUCUGCGCCAGUGGAAUUCGGAGAAUUUUGGGAAUUCGGGGAAUUUUGGGAAUUCCGUCAUCGUUUAUUGCAAGCGGCGCCAGGAGAGCGAGCGGCUGGCGGAGCUGAUCCAGAGGGAAUUCUCGGACAUGCCCCAAAAUCCCGGGAAUAAAACGGGAAAAGGGGAAGAGGAGGGGUUCCGGGCGGUGGCGUACCACGCGGGGCUGAGCGCGGCGGCGCGGCGGCGGAUCCGGCGCUGGCUGCGCUUCGGCGGCAACGGCGCCGUGUGCGCCAUGGCCGCGCUGGGGCCGGGGACGGCGCCCGCAGCGCUGCGCCGAGUGCUGCACGCCGGCGCGCCCGGCUGCGCCCAGAGCUUCCUGCAGCGCUGCGGGCACGACGGGCGCUGCCACGUCUGCCUGAGAGCCAAGGAAGAGGAUUAUUUGGAAUUUCGGCGUCACAUCCAUGAAAAUUCCGUGGAUUUUUGGGUGGUCAAGACUUUGAUCCAAAAAGUUUUCGCUCCUUGCAAAUGUCGGGAAAUUCACGGAAAAAUUCCGGAAAAUUCCCAGGAAUUCCCAAAAAAUUCCCGGAUUUGCCGCGGGCACGAGCGAAGCCUCCCGGUGCAGGAGUUGGUGCAGGAGCUGGACCUGUGGGAGGAAGGAAUCCAGACCCUCCUGUGCCUCCUGGAGUUUUUUUCGGGGCGGCUCCUGCAGCUUUUCCCUCCCGGCCCCGCCCGGUGCCGGAUCCGAAUUCCCGGGAAUUCCUCGGAGCGGCUGCGGGAGGCGGCGCGGGGGUGCCCCCCCCUGGAAUUCCUGCUGGCUCGGGGGACCUCGGGAAUUUCGGGAAUUUCGGGAAAUUUGGGAAAUUUGGGAAUUUCGGGGCCGCUGGAGUUCGACGCCGUCGCCCUGAGCGACGCCCUGGGCUGGGAUUGGCCGAGGCUGCGGCAGAGCCUGAGCCGGAUCCAGGGAAAAGGGAUCCGGGUGGAAUUUUGGGAAUUCUCCUUCCGCUUCCGCGCCGUCGGGGACCUGAGCGGGGCCGAGUUGGAUUCGGUGUCGGAAUUCCUGAAUUCCCGGCGGCUGCGGCGCGAGCGGGAGGAGCUGGGGCGGCUGCGGCGCUGCUUCCGGAUGUUCCACAG